CUUUUUAAUAAUAUCAGUAGUUGAAUUGUCUCUCUCACGGACGGAGGAUCCUUGCAUUUUUGACGCUGUACACCACUCGACACACUUCUAAUCUUACAAAAAAGCAUGGCUAGAGGAUUAGAUGAUCUAGACAAAGCGAUUAGUCUCAGAGACGUCCUAUUGUCAUCAAGGGCGACGUUUCAGGUGUUGCCAGGAUUUCGUGAGAACGACCCAGAAUCUCAAAAUCGUGUCUACGCCGGCCUAGACUGCGACGAAGUCUACGAGAAUAUAUUUAUAGGCGACGAAUCAACUGCAAAAAACAAAAAGUAUCUCAAGAGAAUCGGAAUAACCCAUGUCGUGAAUGCUGCCCAGGGACAGAUUAUCGGACAGGUGAACACUUCGGCCGAAUUUUAUUCGGACAUAGGCAUCAAAUACAAGGGUAUCACACUGUCUGAUUUUUCCGUAUCGGAUGCAAGCGAGUAUUUCAAAGAAGUGGCGGAUUUCAUGGAUGAUGCCAUUGGGUCGAAUGGUAAAGUUUUCGUACAUUGUAUGAUGGGAAAGUCGAGAUCCGCAGUGUUUGUUCUAGCAUAUUUAAUGCUGAAAAGGGGCCACACGGCUAGCGAAGCGAUAUCAAUUGUUAGGCAGAGACGUAACAUACAUCCCAACGAAGGAUUUUUAUACCAAUUGGCCGUCCUGGACAACAAGCUACGAAGAAAGUAUUUAAUCUUCGACUGAGUCUCGAUUUACAACGAAUACAAGACAAGAACGCAUAACUACGCCCUGAAUGGCUAAAGAUAUUUUAUUUAUAUUUUCUAUUGUUAAAAUUGCAUGUGAAUUGUUAAAAAAAAUAUACACGUAUAAAAGAGUU